AUCACGGAUGGUGGUGUUGUACACUUAAUCGCAUCGCUACGGUAUGAAGUAUUUUAGUUUAAAAAAAUUAAAACCUCGCGGAGACCUCGGGGUGCGACCCGGAAGAGCUUGGCUCCGGCGGCAAGCGGCAAGACGCGCGGUUCAAGAUGCCGCGAGGAAGGAAAGGUGGCCAUAAAGGCCGGGCCAAGCAAUUCACCGACCCCGAGGAGCUCAAGAGACAGAUGGAAGCAGAUAAGCUCAAUCCUCCCAGUGUGGACGGAGAGGACGGUGGGGGAGCGGCAGCGUCAGCAACGCAAGGAUCCGACUCGGAAUCUGAAAGCAGCGACGACGACUCGCUGCAAAAGCGUAAGGGCGUGGAGGGGCUCAUCGACAUAGAGAACCCCAACCGCGUGGCGCAGCGCAACAAGAAGGUGACGGACAUGACGGUGGACGAGGCGGCGCCACGGGAGCUGUCGCGCCGUGAGAGGGAGGAACUGGAGAAGCAGCAGGCGAAGGAGCGCUACAUGAAGUUGCACCUGGCGGGGAAGACGGACCAGGCCCGCGCCGACCUCGCCCGGUUGGCGAUCAUCCGCAAGCAGCGCGAGGACGCGGCACGGAAACGCGACGAGGACAAGAAAGUCAAGGAUGCGCCUACGAAGGGAGGGAAGGCCUAGCAGUGAAGACUUCGUCUGGGAAGGGGUUGGGGGAACCGGGGGGCGGGGGGGGUGAGGGGGAGCGGAGGGAACGAUGACGGCAGAGGGGGGGGCCUCCACACCAAGCGGAGCGACGGAGAUGGAGCAUGCGAGCUAGCGAACGAGCGAGGCGGCGUGUGUGUGUGUGCCAGUGUGUGUGUGCCAGUGUGUGUGUGCCAGUGUGUGUGUCACUGUGUGUGUCACUGUGUGUGUGUGCUACUGUGUGUG